CUUUGGCGUUACAUGUGGAUUGUUAACCAUUAAUCUAUAGGAUUUGUAGAUACCAAAUAAGUCUAAAAUGCCCCGACAAGCGGAGCUUGUUUGUUCAGAAGACCAAACAUCCAUACGAGGAACUUGUAAACUUGCAGAUGCUGAAUCACGUGUCGAUUGUAGUUCACUUAAAGAGGCAACAAAAAAAUCGAAACACCAUUCAAAAAGAAGUUCUCAAACUACCCAUUCAGGUAAUAAAGACAAGUCUCUGAAAACAAAACAUACGAAGAAUAGAAAUGAUUCUUCAGUAAUCACUAAUCCUAAGCUUUCUUCAGAUGUUAAUCAGCCGAAUAGUUCAAGUAAAGAAGUACUCGAUAAAGAAACUAUGCUUGAAAAAAACAAGCGUGAGCAUGUGAAAAAAAAGCGGAAGCAUUCGAAGGGUGAAACAGGGAAUGAGAAGCGUAUUAAACACGAAGAAGCAAACUCUGAAGGAACUGUUGAUCAGUCGGUUGUCAAAGAAUCUAUCCGUAAACACAAGCAUCGCGACAAACCUCAUGGUUCGUCAAAAAUAUCAACUAUAGACGGAGUGACUCAUCGUUCUUCUACCAAGUCUGUUAUUUACGAGGACAGUUGUCGUCAAGAUGCUCCAAAUUCCGUCAAAGACCAAAGCUCUGUAGUUGGUACACGUCAUUAUACUUACGAAGCUGCUCCAGGCACACCGUCUUCCAAUUCUAGAUGUUCAUCACGUGGAUCACAUUCGUCUUGUAGCCGAUCUCCGGUGCGCUCCGGAAAGCAGGAAAUACACGGCGUCCAUGAUCCUCAUUUCCAUGAAAAGUUACAUAAACAGAGAUAUGAGAAGACCAGUAGAUCACCGUCAAUGCAUUUGCCUCACGAUCACAGACCUGACCUCCCUACACGAGCCACAAAUAAUGGUCAUGGGACUAAUCCUGAAGAAAAGUAUAAUUCAGUAAAAAGAACACAGUCAUCUGUUAGCCCACCUUCGAAACCUAGGCGGUACGAUUCAGCUACUUUGAGUUAUGGAUAUCGUCAAUCAACACAACGUCAUCAUUUAUCUCCUAAUCAUAGGUCUCACUCAAGACGUCAUGGACCUCACCGUGAAAGGAGCCGUAGUGACUCGGAAAGGUUUGAAUCUCGAAGAAUUUCAACAUAUCGUGUAGCUGAUAAAGAGCAUAUUCACUCGAAGGCUUAUUUCGCUAAGGUGAAACCUAAAUACCAUGACCCAGAUGACAAUCUUGAUGUGCAUGAAGCUCGUUAUUCAAAAAAUUAUAAACGUCGUCACAUACACGAUUCGCAUACCACGAAAAGACAUGGCAGUGGAAGUCAUCGACGUGACGUACGUGAAGAUAUUGAAUCGUUAUCACCAUCACCUAAAAGUUCAAAACCAUUUUGUGAAAAUUAUGAACCACAACAUCAUCCAGCACGCCAGCAAGUCAAUAACUUACUAAAAUCCCAGUCAGACGCACACCCACCUCCUUUACCAAAGCGCGAUCAACGAAGUACAAAUGAAGUUCACGAUUCUUGUAGUCCAAGUCAAAAGACAGCCAAUAAAAUUCCAGUUUGUAUAGAGUCCACUCAUCAUCCUUCGAAUUCUUCCCCUCAUCCUCCCUCUCUUUUAUCAAAGGACAAAGAUCGAAGACUACAGGCAUCUCACGCCCUUUGUGAACUGUUGGAUGAAUUAAAGUGUGAAGAUGUCUCAGAUACUGAAUUACACCUGGUAAUCCCACCUUCUAUGAUCAAUACUUUGUCGCCAGUUACUUCAGUGAGUUGUAAUAAUGAAUUAACAAGUAUGACUGAAUUGUCCGUCAAAAAGAACCGUGAUAGUAAUGAUAUUAAUAAAAAUAGUGCCAAUUCAGAUCAAUUUACUACUGAAAAAGAUGAAAAAAAUUAUCAAAAUAAACUCAAUGAUAAUAUCAAUUUAGAUUCUUUAGAAGCUUUAUCCACCCAAAUUAGACAACAAAUGACAGGUCCAGAAAACUGGGAUAUUAAUGAUUUAACAGAUCCUAUCGAACUUCAAGAAGAAUAUUCAGAAAAUACAGCUGAUCAAACUGAUGCAGAUUUAUUAGAUUCCGAGAAGUCAAACGAUAAUUUGUACACACCAUGGCAAGAAUUAAUUGAAUCAGCUGGACAAAAGUUAUCUUUAGAUGCUACUAAAUCAGAUGAACAAGAUUAUGUUCAGUGUGUUGGAACUUUCAUCGCUGGCAUAGAACAUCAAGAUAUUAUUCCAUUAAAGGGACGUGCCAAUGGUAUGGAUGUCUUAUAUCGGACUGGAAUUAGCCGUACAUAUUUUGAUAGUGAUUUACUUAGGCAUUUAACAGCAAAUAACAAUACAAAUGAACAGUCUAGAGAGACUAACUUGUGUCAGACAGUUGAAUUCCCAGAUACAUGGGCUAAAACAAAUUGUAGAAAUUCACUAACUGGUUCAGGGAUUUUGAAUCAAUUGUCCAAAUUAGCAUUACCUUUGUCACGUAAAACAGAUGGUUAUCUACGUCAAAAUUUAUUGAAAAUUAUCAAAUGUACAUAAUUACGUAAACUUCUACAUAUUUCUUUUCUUCUUUUUAUAGUUGAUUUAUAAAGAUAUUUUUGUUUAAAAAAAAUCACUUGUUUUAGCACUGUUUACAUGGCACUUAUUUGUACAAAUCACUAUUGCGAUAAAUUUCUGUUAUUAACUUUCUACUGUGUGAGAGAGCUGUAUUUUUGUUCGUUAGAAAAUUUUUGUUAUCAUAAUGUAUAUAAUAA